AUGGGGAAACUGAAUACCUUUUCUUUCUCUCUCUUUACAGUGUGUACAGCAGAUGGCCAGUUCAUUCUAGCGAUCACCAGGAAUCUGACCCGUCCUGCCCUCAACCUGUCAUCUCUGUACGUGAAAGAUGGACGAGAAGCUGAGUGCAGGCCUAAGCUCAUCACAGAGGAACUUGUAGCCUUCCGCUUCCCAAUUACCUCUUGUGGCUCGACCCAGCGGGAGGAGACUGGAAGCUUUGUGUAUGAAACGGACAUCCUGGGGAAGAGGUUGAUUCAGACUGGGCCACAGGGCUCAAUAACCAGGGACAGCACCUUCAGCCUGCACGUCCAGUGCCAGUACAAGGGGGAGCAUGAAGCUGGCUUACAGAUCAACGUCUCAGUUUACACACUCCCUCCACCACUAGCUGCUUCUGAAGAUGGGAUUCUGAGGCUGGAACUGCAAAUAGCAAAAGAUGGCAACUACAGGCUGUGGUACAAGGACAGUGACUACCCCAUUGAGAGAAUCCUUCGGGAGUCGGUGUUUGUUGAGGUUCGUGUGAAGGAUCGCACUGACCCAAUGCUUGUCCUGAGAUUGCGUGACUGUUGGGCAACUCCUGUGCCAGCCCCUGACCAUGAGGUGCAGUGGAGUCUCCUGGUGGAUGGGCCACAACAACCAAUGGGGAAACUGAAUACUUUUUCUUUCUCUCUCUUUGCAGUGUGUACAGCAGAUGGCCAGUUCAUUCUAGCGAUCACCAGGAAUCUGACCCGUCCUGCCCUCAACCUGUCAUCUCUGUACGUGAAAGAUGGACGAGAAGCUGAGUGCAGGCCUAAGCUCAUCACAGAGGAACUUGCAGCCUUCCGCUUCCCAAUUACCUCUUGUGGCUCGACCCAGCGGGAGGAGACCGGAAGCUUUGUGUAUGAAAUGGACAUCUUGGGGAAGAGGAUGAUUCAGACUGGGCCACAGGGCUCAAUAACCAGGGACAGCACCUUCAGCCUGCACGUCCAGUGCAAGUACAAGGGGGAGCAUGAAGCUGGCUUACAGAUCAACGUCUCAGUUUACACACUCCCUCCACCACCAGCUGCUUCUGAAGAUGGGAUUCUGAGGCUGGAACUGCAAAUAGCAAAAGAUGGCAACUACAGGCUGUGGUACAAGGACAGUGACUACCCCAUUGAGAGAAUCCUUCGGGAGUCGGUGUUUGUUGAGGUUCGUGUGAAGGAUCGCACUGACCCGAUGAUUGUCCUGAGAUUGCGUGACUGCUGGGCAACUCCUGUGCCAGCCCCUGACCAUGAGGUGCAGUGGAGUCUCCUGGUGGAUGGGUGCCCCUAUGAGGGUGAUGACUACCUGACCGUGCUACACCCAGUAGAUGCCUCUUCUGGCCUGCAGUUCCCAGGCCAUCACAAGCGGUUUGAAGUGAAGACCUUUGUUUUCUUGGAUGGAGUGUCUGAGCAGCCCCUCUCUGGACAGGUUUACCUGCACUGCAGUGCUGAGGUUUGCUCUCCCUCUGCUCAGGAUGACUGUAUAACCAGAUGUGGUCCAAGGUCACGCAGGAGUGCUCCCCUCCAUGAGGGGACCUUGGUAAGUGCUCCUGGUCCUGUUGUGUUCCUGUUGCAGGAGAACAGCCAGUCUAAACAGCUGCUGAAUGAGAAUGGUGCUGCUGGAUCUCCUGUUGUGGUUGGAGUCGCCAUUGGGUUUCUGGUGUUCCUGUUGGUGGUGAUGGCUGCAGUGUACAGAAUGAAGAACUCCGCCCUGUCUGUGCCCAGUGUCAUGAGAUUGAACUGUAGCCCUUGAAUACAAAUAAACCAGACAGAAACAUG